AUGGCCUCCACCGAACCUCCUGCCUCGGGCUUACCACCUUCAAUGGGUCCUGGCGGUCGUCCCUUACAGCCGGGAGAGAACCCGGGUAGUUUGUUGAAAGAGAUUACAGAAAUACGAUCACACUAUUCCGUCCACCUUGCAUCCGAUGCGAUCGAGCUAGCAUAUCAGCUCAAAGGUCAGAACCGAAACUACCGUUUGCCGUUCGACAAUAUCCCAGUUGGUGGUUGGACAAGAGCACUUUGCUAUGGCGGUAAUAGCAGCACUGCAGUCACUGGUACUUUGCUCAUUGAUAUGAUCCGUGCCUGCGAGAAUAUGAGUGGAAGACAAGUCACACAAGAAGAAGCUGAAGGAAUAGCUUAUUACAGCUCCAGGAGAAUGAUGACUAUGUAUCUUGGUCAGAUGGGUGCUAUCGGGCUUGGCCUCGGCUCAGCAUGGACUGGCAGAAAGAAUAUGAAGUUUCCUUUCAUAAAGCCGAAACCACAGGAAAGAUAUGAAAGCUUUCCAGCCCGAGUGCUGCCAAUAUUGAAGGGUCGAUAUGCUAGAGUGAUGUGGCAUGUUACAAGAGCAAACGUCUACAUUGUUAUGUGGCUCUUCCUGACCCAACCAUUCGUCAGAAGUAUCGCAGACACUCGCAUGACUGUGGGUUUGUAUCAGGAUCGUCGUACACAUGCUUUGACACAAACACUCAAAGGUCAAUUCGAUCGCUUGAGGUCGAACCGAGCAAGUGAAGCUGCAGCCAGAGGUCAGCAGCAACCACAACAGAUGGUAAACGCGCAAGAACAAGACGAUGCAUCACCCUCAACCUUCUACGAUAGUCAGCCCUUUGGUAACGAUAGUAGCUCAACUGGAGACAGCUCGUUCACCGAUGGGAGUACCGACACAGGCCUUCUAGCUGAUCGUGACAUGCAGCAACGUCAAUCAAGGCAAGCUCCCCCAACAGCAUGGAGUAAAGCUCAAGCAAGAGGCUCUCGAACAGACUUUGACCAGCCAAAUUCCGCCUCAUCUUCAUCCUCUGCUGAUAUCUUCUUCGACGACGCAUCACCAACCGCCGGCAACGAUCCUGAUAUGGGCACGUCUCAGGGUUAUUCGCGACAGGGGUCAGGGAGUGCCUGGUCUCGUAUCCGAAAAGGCGAAGGUGUAUCUCAACCUCAAAGAAACAGACCACAAGGAAACAGAUCUGUUGGCGCGACUCAAUCUCGCGACUUUGAGACUAGAAGCGAUAGCUUCUCGUUCUCUGAUUCCGAAGAAGACAAACGUCUUGCGAAAGAGCAAGCUCAGAAAGAGUUUGAUGCGAUGCUCGAUCGAGAACGUCGCGAAGGCGGUGCUGCUGAUUAUGCCAGGGACAUGCAGGCGACCACUGCAGGUGAAGACUCGAACUCCCGCGGCACAGCUUCUAUUACCUUUCUGAUCAAGCAACUAACCAAGCCACUGAACAAGCAAUUGACCAAGCAAUUGAGCAGCAUGCCUAGCCCAAUCGAGUCCUUGCCGCUCAGCGAGCUCAAUGAAAGCUUCAAGCUUGGGCUCAAGGAUGUACCAGAAGCGAUAAUCAGCAUCCCAAAAGGAAUAUUCCAUUUACACGAACGAUUCUACACAAGCUGCCUAGAUCCAAUGCACUCGAUGCUGGAGGCUGAAGCAGGAGCAAUCCUAAUCCGCAAUACAAAGGAUACUCGAACCUUCCGAAACCUUGUCUCGUGGCUGUUUAGUGGCCCAAACACUCUCUGGCGAGAACUGGAAGAAGGCAACGAAAAGGUGUUGCAGUCUCGUCAACUCGAGCUCGCACAUCUGUAUAUUUGGGGAGACUGCCUCUCCCUGGACAGCCUAUCCAGGGAAGCCCUUGAAACCUUUUACGACAUCACACACGGCGAUGUCAGCCCCGAUGUGAUUCAGUAUCUUCUCGAGCUCGCUAACCCUUUUCCUAAAGUUCUAACCACAGCCUUCGCACGCUUCGUGCUCGAUGACGUGGCUUGCGAGCUGUUCAAAACACCAGGACGCUUAGCCUCGAAUGAAACUAGGGCAGCGCGAUUGAAGUGGCUGAUGCAGCUAUAUCCUCACCUGGCCCAGAAGGUUCUGGAGUCGAACUAUGUUGCCAUCGUGCGCCGUGGUCAAAGAAAAAAGCUUGGCUACUAUCUUAAAAUCGAGGACGAUCGAAUACGAGCUAAGUAUGCCAGACCUGCAGCCCAGGUAGUGGAUUCGACUGAGAUGGAGAUGCACGAUCUGACUAACGAUGAAGCAGAUCUGCCUCCGCCUUACCCGGAGGGUGAUGAUGAGUCCGACUCGCCUUUGAGUUCCGCUGAUGAGACAGGACAGCACGAAGAAAGCGACGAAAAAGAGGACGAAAACGGAGACCAAAAGGAGGAUGCAGAGGACGAAUCGGAAGGCUAA